CAGACAUGCUCCGUUUAUCUACAGUACUCGGUCAGAUCAGACCAGUGUCCAGAGCACUCGCCCCCCACCUAACACGAGCCUAUGCAAAAGAUGUGAAGUUCGGAGCAGACGCCAGAGCUCUGAUGCUACAAGGAGUAGAUCUUCUAGCAGACGCUGUAGCUGUCACCAUGGGGCCAAAGGGAAGAACAGUUAUUAUUGAACAAAGCUGGGGAAGCCCCAAAGUGACAAAAGAUGGCGUGACAGUAGCAAAGGCAAUUGACUUGAAAGACAAAUACAAAAAUAUUGGAGCCAAGUUAGUUCAAGAUGUUGCCAACAACACGAAUGAAGAAGCAGGAGAUGGUACCACUACUGCCACGGUACUCGCACGUGCUAUUGCCAAGGAAGGCUUUGAGAAGAUCAGCAAAGGAGCUAACCCAGUAGAAAUUAGGAGGGGGGUGAUGCUUGCAGUCGAUGCUAUCAUAGGUGAACUGAAGAAGCUGUCUAAACCUGUUACAACUCCAGAAGAAAUUGCACAGGUUGCCACGAUAUCAGCAAAUGGAGAUCAGGAAAUUGGCAAUAUAAUCUCUGAUGCAAUGAAGAAAGUUGGAAGAAAGGGUGUGAUCACUGUCAAGGAUGGAAAAACUCUAAAUGAUGAAUUGGAAAUCAUUGAGGGUAUGAAAUUUGACAGAGGCUACAUCUCUCCAUAUUUUAUUAAUACAACCAAAGGGCAGAAAUGUGAAUUCCAGGAUGCUUAUGUUUUAAUCAGUGAAAAGAAAAUUUCUAGUGUACAGUCCAUAGUUCCAGCUCUUGAAAUCGCCAAUGCUAACAGGAAACCUUUAGUCAUUAUUGCUGAAGAUGUUGAUGGAGAAGCUCUCAGCACUCUAGUCUUGAACAGGCUGAAGGUUGGCCUUCAGGUUGUUGCUGUAAAAGCACCAGGUUUUGGUGACAACAGGAAAAACCAGCUUAAGGAUAUGGCAAUUGCUACCGGUGGUGCUGUGUUUGGAGAAGAGGGUUUGAGCCUAAAUGUGGAAGAUAUUCAGCCUCACGACUUCGGUAAAGUGGGAGAGGUCAUUGUGACCAAAGAUGACACGAUGCUUCUGAAGGGGAAGGGUGAAAAGGCUCAGAUUGAAAAGCGCAUUCAAGAAAUUAUCGAGCAGCUUGAGGUCACCACCAGUGAAUAUGAAAAGGAGAAGCUCAAUGAGCGAUUGGCCAAACUCUCUGAUGGAGUAGCAGUAUUGAAGGUGGGCGGCACGAGCGACGUCGAAGUGAACGAGAAGAAGGACAGAGUCACUGACGCCCUGAACGCGACCCGCGCUGCCGUGGAGGAGGGCAUCGUCCCGGGAGGGGGCUGCGCGCUGCUCCGCUGCAUUCCAGCGUUGGAUGCCUUAACCCCAGCCAACGAGGAUCAGAAAAUUGGGAUUGACAUAAUCAAGAGAACACUGAAAAUCCCAGCAAUGACUAUUGCAAAGAAUGCUGGUGUCGAAGGAUCAUUGAUAGUUGAGAAAAUCCUGCAGAGCCCGUCAGAAGUUGGCUAUGAUGCAAUGCUUGGGGACUUUGUAAAUAUGGUAGAAAAAGGAAUCAUAGACCCAACAAAGGUGGUGAGAACUGCUCUGAUGGACGCCGCCGGUGUCGCGUCUCUCCUAUCAACAGCAGAAGCAGUGGUGACUGAGGUUCCCAAAGAAGAGAAGGAGCCGGCAAUGGGAGGAAUGGGUGGCAUGGGCGGAGGAAUGGGAGGUGGCAUGUUCUAAUUCCUGGGGUAGGGAUGCAUCAUGAGCUGUGCUGUUGAAGACUGACAGUUCUGACUUUAAAAACUUGAGCUAUCAGUGUCAGAGGGUGGAUAGUGACUGAAGUGAGGCUGGUGUUGAAAAAUCACUGUAACCAUCAGUUACUGGAUUUCAUUUAACACACGUGUAAUUGUUUACAGUCAUUGUCCAUGCCUACAGAUAAUUUAUUUUGUAUUUUUUGAAUAAAGACAUUUGUACAUUCCUGAUAACUGGGUGCAAGAUCCAUCUACCAAGGUCCUGAUUUGAACUUAAUUAAGGCACUUGAUAUUCUAUUACAGAAUUUCUUGGUGCUUGCCAGUACUAGGAAGAACUUGGAAGCCACUGUGCGUGAGACUAGACAAUUGUGUACAAAGUAGGCAAAUAGAGUUAUGUGACCUUUAUGUAAUAAACUGCUCAAAAGUUACAAAAAUGUAUCACCUUUUUCAUCUGCCAUAGUUAUGGGAGAGCCUGGACAGCCUGCCUCUAGGAUUUACUAGAAAUAGACACUUAAUGCUUGAAAAAAUGACAGGGCAUUUCACACUGAGAAACAUUCCUUUGUCUAGAAUGUUUCUGAGAAAUGCAAGUGACUUUAAUUUUGGUAAGAAAUACCUAAGCUGAACUGCACUACAGUUCUUUGAAAUAUUAAACAAUGCUCUGAAAACAAGGCACGUGCACUGGCUUUAUUUUGCCCUGUCUAUGCUGGUUGUUUCAUGUGCUUGAACAGGCCCAGUGCACCUUUCACAGUUCGGAGGAAGGGAAGUGCCCUGAGGGUAUCAAACAGGUAAGUCUUGCCUAAGAAAGGGUUUGGGGAGGGUUUAAACAGUUCCUUUGAUCAGGUGUAAUAUAUGGUUACCUCCUCACUUUGAGCCUUCCAGUCUUGUCUUCCUUUCUGGUAAUGGGUUGCAGAAUUUAGUUAUUUUGCACUAGAUGCUGUUUUACCAUUAGAAAUGUUGCUUUGCCACUUACUGGGUUCUUUGACCUGACAAAGCUAAUACCAGUGAUGUGUAAAGUCGUCUGCCUUCCAAACUGCAGGACAAUGGUGUUCCCAAACUUCUGUAUGCUCAUCUCUGAUUGCCUCAACAAACGAAAUUGCUGUACAAUUUCUCAGUGCUGUAAAACUGACCUCAAUCCAGCUGUCACUUUCCUCAGCUUCCUGCCCUUAAUAACUGUCCUUCACAGAGGGGACAUGUGACAUGCCAACUCCUCUUUCUGGAAAAGUAAACGAUCUGAAACUA